AUGGCGGAUGUAUCUGAAAAUGAAAUUAAAGUUGUUGUGUUCUCACAACACCCAAAUAAAUCGCCUGGCAUAGAUGGAAUGAAUCCUGCUUUUUUCCAGCACUAUUGGGAUAUUGUAAAAAAUGAGGUGGUCGCUGAGAGAAUCAAAGCACUUUUUGUUCAUAAGAGACUCAUUACUGAUAACAUAAUGUUGUCCUUUGAAGUGAUGCAUUAUAUUAGUAGAAGACGACAGGGGAAGGAAGGGUAUGCUACUCAGAUGAUUAUGUUGAGACUGGGUUGUGCUAACAAAGCUAUUCAGAUGAUUAUGGCCUGUGUGACUAGUGUGAGGUAUUUUAUCAUGCAUGGAAAUGAAAAGUUAGGUCCUAUUUACCCCUCUAGGGGCUUAAGGCAAGGAGACCCACUUUCGCCUUAUUGUUUCAUUCUAUGUGUGAAUUGGUUGAGUAAUAUGCUUAAUGCAAAAGCGGCUCAAGGGAUGAUUAAUGGUGUUCAGGUUUGUAGAAGGGCUCCGGUCGUAACUCAUCUUUUCUUUGCAAAUGACAGUCUCCUCUUCUUCAAGGCAAAUAUUGAUGAGCUUGGCCAUAUAAAAGCAGUACUCGAUCAUUAUAAACAUUUGUCUAGUCAAAUGGUGAACUUUGCAAAGUCGGCUGUAUUUUUUAGUCCAAACGUCAAAGCUGAAUGUAAAAGCUUACUAUUGGCUAACUUGGAUGUUGCUGAAAUGGGAAUUGAAGGGGACAUUGAAACAAUGCUGAACUCAUUCUGGUGGGGCUCGAAAAGAAUGGAUGGGCAAAAAGGCAUUUCUUGGUCUACGUGGGACAGUUUAAGCAGACCAAAAGAAUAUGGUGGCAUGGGAUUUCGAAAAAUCCAAACAAACCUGCCAUAUGAGUUAAGGCUGCAACCUGUCUGUAGUCUUCUUAAGCCAGGAACAUGUGAUUGGGAUCAAGAGAUUUUGAAUGAUUUAUUCUCUGAAAGAGAUAAAAACCUUAUUAACAGUAUUAUUCUUAUUCCUACAGCUGGUACAGAUCAGUUGUUCUGGUUCAGAGAUGCAAAAGGUAAAUUUUCUGUUAAGGAUGUGUAUUGCAUCCAACAACCCAAUUUCUCUGUGUUGCACCCUUCUGAUGUUGCUAUUCGGAGAAGAUUAUGGAAGUUGAAUAUUGCGGCUAAAUGUAAAGUGUUUAUGUGGAGAGCUUUAACAAAUCGGUUGCCAGUCCGAACGAAUUUGGUGAUGAGAAAAGUAACUGAGGAUAGUAGCUGCCCUUGCUUUUUUGGGCGUUUCAAUGAUAGUAUAGUGGCAUCCAUUGUGGUAAUUUAUUGGAGUUUAUGGACUAAUAGGAAUGAUGUCGUGUGGAACAGAAAGAAACUGAGUUGGAGAGCAGUAGCAUCUAGAGCUAGUUCUUUUCUUUUCCAAUGGGGGAAGGCAAGGAAGUUGACGGACUAUUUUGCAGGUGGAGACUGUUUAUGGCAGAAGCCAGCAACAGGGAAAUACAAGCUAAAUGUUGACGCCAGCUCUAGUGUUGAAAGAGGAAAAUCAGGAGCAGGCUUUGUUCUAAGGGACGACGCGGGAGCUUGGAUAACAGGUGUCUUAAUUACUAGACCAUAUAUUGUCAAUCCAGAUGUAGCAGAAGCAUGGGCACUAAAAGAGGCUCUGUCCCGGAUUCAUGCGAAAGGGAUGGAAGAAGUCCAAAUUGAAACUGAUUGCCUACGAAACAUUGAGCUGCUAGAGGAAGAGUUGCAUCUGAAUUCAUAUUUGCUUUGUUUGCUGAAGGAUUGUCAGGAUUUGAUUAGAGUUUUAAAUAGAUGUAAUCUUAUUUUUGUUUAUCGAUCAGCGAAUACGGUUGCCCAUAUGAUUACAAAGGCAGCGUGUUCUGUGCCUGUUCGAUUAGAAAGCUCUACAGCAUUUGAGUUUGUAACGGAAGCACUUUUGAAUGAUUUAAUGAAUUAA